AUGUGUAAGUUCUUCCUGGCAAGCCUGGAAGGCGAGGCAAGGAAAUGGUUCUACAACCUCUCACCAGGAACAGUUGACAGUUACGAGACUCUAGUCGAAGCCUUCCUUGAAACGUACAUGCACAAAAACAGACCUCGACCCAGGGUCAACAGGUUAUUCACCUUGGCCCGACGGUUUAGAGAGCCUCUCAGAUCAUUGAACGAUCGAUGGAGAAAUUUGUGUACAGAAAUUGGGAAGGUACCAGUUGACCAGCAGAUAUUCGGGUUCGAAAACGCAUUAGGGAGGUCGGAUCCCAUCUGGAUAGCCAUGUUCACUGAAAAGCCGCAAACAUUGAAGGAAAUGAGGAAAAUGCAACAACAUUUCAUCGCCCUAGAAGAAAUUCAGGAAGAAUCAAGGGAUAGGGGAGUGCAAGAGGAUAGUACGGCGCCCGAGUCGACAUCGGACGAUGUUCAACAUCGGCCCGAGAAGAGACCGAGCCCACCUACGCGAGGAAAUGGGAAGAAGGAAUGGGUAGCUAAAGGAAAUAGGCCGAGACAAGAGGAGAGAACAUACACCCCUUUGAAUGCUCCACUAGAAGAAAUCUUCAAAGAGGUCGAGAAAAGGAGUGACAUCAUAUACCUAGCUUCAAGAGGGAUACAGUUCGAGGAGACCAAGGAUCACCCAGAGUAUUGCCAUUAUCAUCAAUAUCGAGGACACUCUACAAAUAACUGCCGAGAAGUAAAAGACAUCGUGCAACAUCUUAUUCGAGACGGUUACCUGAGACAGUUCGUCCGACACCCAGCCCAGACGACCGCAGCGCCCGAUGCACCCGUCCACCAGGUCAGAAUCGACAGAUCCACGCAGUUUGUCAACACGAUUUUGCAUUCGGCCACUCAAGCGUACAAUCUGAAUCCUGGAACCAUGUCUAGAAUCCACAAGAGGGAUCAUAAUGGGAAGGAAAUUUUCAGUGUAGCAAAAGCUUUGCUGAUGGAACCCUGGAUGCUGCUACCCAUCUUUUUAUCGGCUCAGGAUGUCCCGAUGAACGUCCAAGCUCACAAUGAUCCCUUGGUUAUCACCCUGCUGAUUGAGGAAUGGGGUAAGAAGGAUACUAGUGGAUAG